AUCAAGGCAGUCCACUCCCUUUGUAACGGAGGAAUCCUUGUUGAACUCGAAAGUGAAAGUCUAGCCUCAUGGCUACAAGACUCUAUCGGCAGAGCUCUGUUAGAAGAACAAUUUGACACCACAGUAUUGUUCUGUAAAUACACCUUCGCUCUUGUACUCUUGUACUUACCUAUUCAAAUGCAGAUCGAACAUGAAGGAUUCCUACGCAAGAUCAAGAACAAAAACAACCUACCUGCCAACUCCUUAGCCACUAUCAGAUGGAUUAAACCCCCCCUUCACCGAACCCAGGAACAGCGAAAAGCCUUUGCCAUUCUCCAGGUCAUUGAGGCACCUAUUGCCAAUGAUAUACUGUGA